AUGUAUUUUGAACCAGGAAAGUUUUUAGGUGAAUUUAUAGAAGAAUUAAAAGUUGAUUUGAUUUGGGGUGAUUUAAUAGAGGAUAAAGAAGUUGUAUUAACAAUCAUUGAUUCAAUUGACAAUCUUUUUCAAAUAAUAUUGACUGAGGAUAAUAAACAGAUGAAUGAAAUUACAUUUAACAACAUAAUUGAAGCUCACAAAAGGCAUCAGAAAUUACAUGAUCUUUAUCCAAGUGAUCUUGUUAUUCUUGUUACUUUACAAUAUAUCAAAUCACAUGAUAACAUUCCAUCUUAUACACUUGAAAUGGCAAAUUCGAUUCUCAGCUGUGAUGAAAUUCAAAGCAACCAUUUAUUGUUUGAAGGAAUUUUAUGUUGUUCAUACUUGGAAAAAGAACAACCAAAACUUUACAAGCAAAUUGAAACAAAAAAAAAUUUGAACUAUUUUAAGUUGGAUGUUGAAAGAUAUAAGGCUCAAUUAUCAGAUAAUCAAAUGAAAUUAAUAAAAGAUUUGAUCAUCCACAACACUCUUGAUUAUAGGAUUACUAGUCAAAAUCAAAAACUAGAUCUUGCAAUAAUUAAUUUAGUAGAUAGCUUUAAAAAGAUAUGGAAAUUAAAAUGUUAUCAACGAUUUGAUAAAUAUGUAAAUGAAAAGACAUUUGGGCAUAAUAUUGUGGAUAAAAUAAUUGAUUUCAUAUUCUAUGAUAUAGAUGGAUGUCCAGCACAGUCUACUAAAUUCAGAAAUGCCACCCAAAAUAUAACUAGGUAUCCAGAUUUUUAUGCUUAUGAGGAAAACUAUGGGUAUUUCUUUAAUCAUGAAUAUUUAUUUCUAGAGAUCAGUAAUAGUCCCUGGGCUACUGGGCAUGAUCACAUUAAACAUGUAAAUGAGGAUAGGUUUAGAUUAUGUAAAUUUCAGAAAGAUGCACAUAAAUAUGUAUAUUACAUAUUGAAAAACAAAAAUCUGAAGUAUCUUAAAUUAUUAUUAGAUAAUAUUGUGUUUAUAUCAAUUCAUUUUCAUGAGUUAAAAAUGGAUAUUAAUAUAAUGGAUUGUAAAAUGCAACCAUUUUACUUAAUAAACCCAUUUCAACAAAUUGAUCUCCCACUUCAUCAUUUAGAUCAAAAAGGAUCAAUAGAUUCUUUGGUUUCUUUAUGUCAAUCAUUACUUAUAUUAAAUCAUUUGAUAAAGGAAAAUACCAUCACAUUGGUAAAUUAA